AUGCCACAUGCCACUCAUGCUGAGCUGAAAAGAAUAUCUGCUCAAGGGGCAAUUUUUCCAUUUUGCCCUUUACGGCAGUCAGGCCGUAAUAGCUGCCGGAAGAAAAAAGCCCCUACACUCGGAAACUCCGUUACCGAUCGGCAAGAUACACAGUCAUCAACGAUGUUAUGUACAAAGCGAGGCUACACGACGCCGUAUCUAAAAUGCCUGACCAAGGAGCAGGGGGACUACAUCCUUCGGGAGGUCCACAGUGGAAUCUGCGGUGACCACUCUGAAUCCCGAUCGCUCGCACACAAGGUCUUCCGACAGGGUUAUUUCUGGCCGACUCUGCACCAGGAUGCGAACACAUUAGUCAGGAGGUGUGACAAAUGCCAGCGGUUCGGUAGUGUCCCUCAUAUUCCUGCCGAGCCGCUGUCACCGAUCGUGAGCCCGUGGCCGUUCGCCCAGUGGGGAUUAGAUCUAAUUGGUCCGAUGCCAGAGGGCAAGGGUCAAGUCAAAUACGCCGUUGUUGCCGUAGACUACUUCACCAAAUGGGUAGAAGCCAAAGCCCUAGCGACAAUAACGGCAGCCAGAGUCGAAGAUUUCGUCUGGACGAACAUUUGCUGCCGAUUCGGCAUCCCCUACGCCAUCGUCACGGAUAACGGCAGGCAGUUUGAUUCGGAAGUCUUUAGGGAAUUCUGCACCCGACUCAAGAUCAACCUGUUCUUUGCUUCGCCAGCACACCCCAAUCGAACGGACAGGUCGAAGCCAUGA